GUGUGUGUGUGUGUGUGUGUGUGUGUGUGUGUUUCUUGUUGCAAUACCUGCUUCCUGUCACUAGAGAGAGAUCUUUCAUCCACCUGAACUAAACCAGCUGCUCAACUCCAGUAGUUUGAGCGGUGCAGCCUCGCUCCUGUACCGACACACGCAGCGUCCCGCUCGGUGCAGAGCCUCCUGAACUUCUCCUUCUGGGAUGGAUGGAGGGGUGGAGGCUCAACGGUGCGGCAUGGAUGGAGCAGGAGCUCAGCUGUGCGGGAUGGAUGGCAGGGUGGACGGAGCAGGAGCUCAGCUGUGCGCUUUGAAUGGAAAGAUAGAAGCCCGGCAGAGCGGGAUGGAUGGAGCGGUUGACGGAGCAGGCGCUCAGGUGUGCGGGACCGAUGGUGGGGUUGAAGCGCAGCUCUUUGGGGUGGAUAGACGGGUGGAAGCUCAACUGUGCGGGAUGGAUGGAGGGGUGGAUUCAGCGGGCGCUCAGCUAUACGGGAUGGAUGAAAAGGUAGAAGCGCAGAUGUGCUGGAUGGAUGAAGCAGGCGCUCAGGUGUGCGGGAUGGACGAUGAUGUGGAUGGAGCAGGCGCUCAGGUGUGCGGGAUGGACAGAGGGGUGGAUGGAACAGACGCUCAGGUGUGCGGGGUGGACAGAGGGGUGGAUGGAACAGACGCUCAGGUGUGCGGGGUGGACAGAGGGGUGGAUGGAGCAGGCGCUCAGGUGUGCGGGGUGGACAGAGGGGUGGAUGGAACAGACGCUCAGGUGUGCGGGGUGGACAGAGGGGUGGAUGGAGCAGGCGCUCAGGUGUGCGGGAUGGAUGGAAAGGUAGCAGAGCAGCAGUGUUUGAUCGGUGGAGAGAUGAAGGAAUCAGAAGCGCAGCUGUGCGGAGAGUUUACUGAUCCAGCCACCGGAAAGGUCCACUUUUCUCUAACAUUAACGGACAGCUGUAUCGGGGUCAGAAAAACCGGCGGCUCGCCCGCCUGGCCGGAGCCAGUCCAGGAGCUCAGUUUCCGGGACUGUGUUGGAUGCCGAGCGCACCGGGGAGAGGACGAAGCGGACACUGCUGCCUAUUUAUCGCUUUAUUUGUACCCAGUUAAGAGCAGCUGGACCGGGACUCGAGGUCGAUACAGACUGGAGCACCGAUUCCGAUUCGCGCCCACCGGGGAUCCUCAUGCCAACCUGGCCGAGACUGAGAGGUGGGCACGGGCGGUGAGAUGCCGCUCCUCCCGCUACCUGCCCAGACUCAGGACCGGUGUACAGUACAGUCGCAUGUGUGCUGGACAGCGUGUGAUGGUGCUGGUUAAUCCUCUGAGUGGACGAGGUCAGGCCAUGGCUCGCUACACAGGUCCAGUUCUGAGCAUGCUCACUGAGGCUUCUCUCCCUCACACACUCAUCACCACAGAACAUCAAAACCAUGCACGUGAAUUGGUUAGAAACGCUGAUCUGUCACAGUGGAGCACCAUCGUCAUCUUAUCAGGGGACGGACUUCUGUUCGAGGUGAUUAAUGGUUUGAUGGAAAGAGAGGAUUGGGAAGAGGCGAUCCACACUCCUCUUGGCAUCCUGCCCGGUGGAACUGGAAACGCACUGGCAGCAUCGGUCCACCAUUACUCACAAUCUGGCCUGGUGUUCGGUGAGGACCUACUGCUGAGCUGUGGUUUCCUGCUUUGUAAAGGUCUGGUGUGUCCUCUGGACAUCCUCUCGGUCCGUCUCUCAUCGGGUCGUCGUCUCUUUUCCUUCCUCUCGCUCGCCUGGGGCUUUGUGGCCGACGUCGACAUCGAGAGCGAGAAGUUUCGCAAUGUUGGCGCUGUACGCUUUAUCGUGGGCACUCUGCGCCGUCUGGCGUCCCUGCGCAUCUACCAGGGCAGGCUGGCUUUCCUGCCCGCUCGGGAGGACUCCAGUCUGAAGUCCGCUUCUUCUUCUCCUGCUCGUCCAAGUCCUCCUUUGUUUUUCUGCUCCUCUGUUCAGCGUGUUCAGAACACACCUCAACAGCCAUACACAAACAAGAACAACAUCCAUAACUCUAAAUCACAGGAGUCACAGGAACACGGACCAUGUGAUGAUCUACUGCCCGCACUCGGAGAUCCGGUACCGACAGACUGGAUGAUGGAAAAAGAGCAGGACUUUGUCCUUGUUCUGGCUACAUGCCACUCUCACCUCGCUGAGGAACUGAUGGCAGCACCAGAUGCCCACCCUGACGACGGGUACCUACACUUACUGUACAUAACAGCGGGUAUAUCACGUCCAGCCCUUCUCAGGCUUAUCUUGGCCAUGGAGAAAGGUGCCCACCUGGCGUGCGAGUGCCCGUACCUGGUGUACCGGCGAGUUAAAGCACUAAGGCUGGAGCCCAUCACUAAGCCUGGGGUCAUCACUGUUGACGGGGAGCAGGUGGAGUACGGCCCGAUCCAGGCACAGGUCCAUAAGGGAUAUGCCAGACUCAUCUCAGGAUGACCUUUGACUUAUCCAGACGUGGUUUAUCAAAAAAUGCCAUCCAAUAAAAAAAGGAUGGAAGGAAAAUGUAGUUCAAGUUGA